AGUCUCGGCUGUCUGGGAGGGAUCCACCCCUCGGGAGGUGACGCGAUGGAGCCGGCCACCAGGGCACGCUCCAAACUCGGGGUUUGAAAGGGCCAGCUUCUGCAGCGGGCCCGUGCCAGCACCAGAGCGGUGAUCCCGGACGAGUGACACGCAGAGCUGACACCAUGGUUCAGCAGGUGCUCUACCGGGCGCUGGUCUCCACUAAGUGGCUGGCGGAGUCCAUCCGAUCGGGCAGGCUGGGGCCCAAUCUGCGGGUGCUGGACGCAUCCUGGUACUCACCCGGGACCCGCCAGGCGCGCAGGGAGUACCAAGAGCGCCACGUGCCUGGAGCGUCUUUCUUUGACAUAGAGGAGUGUCGGGACACCGCUUCACCCUACGAGAUGAUGCUGCCCAGCGAGGCCCACUUCGGGGACUACGUGGGCCGCCUGGGCAUCAGCAACAACACACACGUGGUGGUGUACGACGGGGACGACUUGGGCAGCUUCUAUGCCCCCCGAGUCUGGUGGAUGUUCCGGGUAUUUGGCCAUCGCACGGUGUCGGUGCUCAAUGGUGGUUUCCGGAACUGGCUGAAGGAGGGUCAUCCGGUGACAGCUGAGCCUUCACGUCCAGAGCCAGCGGUUUUCAAAGCCACGCUGGACCGCUCCCUGCUCAAGACCUAUGAGCAGGUUCUGGAGAACCUGGAGUCUAAACGGUUCCAGCUGGUGGACUCACGGGCCCAAGGGCGCUACCUGGGUACCGAGCCAGAGCCGGACGCAGUAGGACUGGGUUCCGGUCACAUCCGUGGUGCGCUCAACAUGCCCUUUAUGGACUUCCUGACAAAGGACGGCUUCGAGAAGAGUCCCGAGGAGCUCCGUGCCAUGUUUCAGGCCAAGAAGGUGGACCUCUCCCAACCCCUCAUUGCCACAUGCCGCAAGGGUGUCACCGCUUGCCACAUCGCCCUGGCUGCCUACCUCUGUGGCAAGCCUGAUGUGGCCAUCUAUGACGGCUCUUGGUCAGAGUGGUUUCGUCGGGCGCCUCCCGAGACCCUCGUGUCCCAGGGGAAGGGCGGGAAGGCUUGACCUGCCACUAGGUUCCAGUUGAGUGAGACUGGAGUGACCUGCAAUGGUGUCAGACCUCUUAGGCAAAAGAGAUUGACCAGAGUUUGGAAUUCCAGGGAGGGAUCAUCCUCCACAAACAUGGAAUAAAGUGCCUUUUUUUUUUUUUGA